AUGUCUGCUAAUUUGGCCAAACAAGUUAAAUUUGGUAAUACGGGUAUUAAAGUCUCUCCCAUUAUUAUAGGAUGUAUGUCGUACGGUACAAAGGACUGGGCAUCCUGGGUUGAAGAUGACAAAGAAAAAAUAUUCAAAAUAUUAAAAUAUUGUUAUGAUCAGGGAUUACGUACUUUUGAUACUGCUGAUGUAUAUUCAAAUGGUGCCAGUGAAAGAUUGAUAUGUGAAUUUUUAAAAAUGUAUAAAAUUAGAAGAGAAACUGUAAUUAUUAUGACAAAAAUAUUCUUCCCAAUGGAUGAAUCACUUGCUGUGACUCGUACAGGUUCUACCGAUGAAAAUUACACUUUAAAUUUGACCAAUCAACAAGGUUUAUCUCGUAAACAUAUCUUGGCCGGUGUUAAAAAAGCAGUUGAAAGAUUAGGAACCUAUAUUGAUGUCUUGCAAAUUCAUAGAUUUGAUUAUGAUACUCCAAUUAAGGAGACUAUGAAGGCUUUGAAUGAUGUCAUUGAAGCUGGUGACGUCAGAUAUAUUGGUGCUUCUUCAAUGCUACCAACAGAAUUUGUCGAGAUGCAAGCUAUGGCAGAUAAGCAUGGUUGGUAUCAGUUUGUGAACAUGCAAUCAUGUUAUAACUUAUUAUAUAGAGAGGACGAACGUGACUUGAACAAAUAUUGUAAAAAACAUGGUAUUGCUCUGACACCUUGGUCUCCAAAUUGUCGUGGUAUCUUAACAAGGCCAUUAGGAACAAAGACAGACAGAUUUGUUAAGGAUAGAGUAAUCGAUGCUUGGGAUUUAACUAACCUACCACCUGCAGAUAAAGAGAUUAUCACACGUGUUGAAGAAUUGGCAAAGAAAAAAAGUAUUUCUAUGGCCAUUUUAUCCAUUGCUUGGGUCGUUAGUAAAGGUUGUUUCCCUAUUGUUGGCAUUAAUAAAAUAGAGAGGGUUGACGAUGCAUUAGCUGCAUUAGAUGUAAAGUUUACGGAAGAAGAACUAAAAUAUUUAGAAGAACCAUACAUCCCUAAACCUUUCCGCAUUUAUUAA